AUGUCCGCUAAAAAUGAAAAGGCACAUGCCGCAAGACUCAGACGUCGUAACGACACCCCUACCGGAACGGUCAAAACCAUUGGUAGCGGUAAGACUUCAGUCUGUAGCGCAACUGGGUACGACACCGCCAAAUUCAAGGGUGCGUGUCUCUGGAAUGGACUCAACCAAAAAAGCACCCCGCCGAGUGGCCGCUACGCAGGUUGGGUCAACGGCGCACACACAGGUAACUGCUGGAAAAAUCUUUGGAUAAAUGCUAAGGGUGCCCAGGGAAAGAAAUUUGCAAAGGUUAUCGAUGGAUGCAAGUUUGCCGACUACCUUGAUGUGGACACUGGGUGUGCGACUCUCUGGGUUACUGAGGCCACAUUUUAUGAACUUGGCGGGGUAGAGGGUCAAAAUGAGGUUGCCAUCAAAAACUGGGGAUUUUCCGACACUGCCCAAUAA